GAGAGAAACACUUGUGAUAUGAUCUGUAAGGAAGUACACAGUUUCCGUUGACAGACACAGCUACCUUGUGACAUCUGCUUUUUGCAGCUGCUGGGUAUCGCAGUGUAGGCAGCACCUCACUGACAGCGUUACCUGGCUAAAAGCAAGCGAUUUCACUCCACUAGAACCAAGACUCUUCUUCGCAUCAUUUGAGAAGAAAAGGAGAGAAAAGGAAUUCGGGAAAAAACAUGAGUUCUUCAAGUACAGAGUCCUUUGAAGUUGACACCUCAACCUUAUAUGACUAUUACGAUAAUUAUAACGAUGCCCCAAAACCAUGCAGUAAGGAAACUGUCAAGAGGUUUGCAGCCUCCUUCCUACCUGUUCUAUAUACCGUAGUAUUCCUGGUUGGGCUAAUGGGAAACAUUCUGGUCAUAGUGGUCCUCUUCAAAUACAAGAGACUGAAGAGCAUGACUGAUGUGUACCUGCUAAAUCUUGCCAUCUCAGAUUUGCUCUUUGUUUUUUCCCUGCCGUUCUGGUCUUAUUUCGCAAUAGACCAAUGGGUUUUUGGAACUCCCUGGUGUAAAAUCAUUUCAUGGAUCUAUCUGGUUGGGUUUUACAGUGGGAUAUUUUUUAUUAUGCUUAUGAGCAUAGACAGAUACCUGGCAAUUGUUCGUGCAGUGUUUUCCAUGAAAGCAAGAACUACUUUCCAUGGCCUGAUUACCAGUGUUAUUGUAUGGCUGGUGGCUCUUUCAGCCUCAGUUCCAGAACUUGUAUUUAGAGAAUCUUUCCAUGAGCAAAAUUAUACUACCUGCAAGCACAGAUAUCCAGGCAAUUUUACGACAUGGAAACUCUUUUGCACUUUGGAAAUCAAUGUUUUAGGGCUCCUAAUCCCUUUUAUAGUUAUGGCAUUUUGCUACUCCAUGAUCAUCAAAACAUUAGUCCACUGCAGAAAUGAGAAAAAGAAUAAGGCUGUGAGAAUGAUCUUUGCUGUGAUGAUUGUAUUUUUCUUCUUCUGGACUCCUUACAAUAUCGUAAUUUUCUUACAAUUGCUGGAACUUAUUGGAGUCAUUAGAGACUGUCAAGCAAGCAGGAAUCUAGACUAUGCAUUCCAGAUAACAGAAAUCUUUGGCCUUUUUCACUGUUGCCUCAACCCAGUCAUCUAUUUCCUCAUGGGGGAAAAAUUUAAGAAGUACCUGAAGAUGCUCUUUAAGAACUGGUGGUUGCCUGGAGAUAUUUGCAAGUGGUGUGGACUUCACAUCAGUUACCAAACCGAGUCUACCAGUUCAUUCCACACACAAUCUACUGGGGAUCAAGAUGCGCUGUAAUGCGUUUCAGGCCAACUGUUGAACUCACCAGAAAGCAAACUGACAAAAUCAGAAACUUUGAAAAGCUAAGCAAAUGCACAAGCAUUUGCAUAGCACAAUGCAUAAGCUAGCACCUGAUAAUAAACUUACUUUAGCUUUGAUUUCUGCCUCUUAGAUUUUCUGAAUAUUGUGACGGAAGCUGUUCUAAGAUGUAAAACCUAGGAGAUGGACAUGCAAGUUUUACCUGCUGCAAUUAUAAAUCACUGUUCAGAUUUCACAGCAGCCUCGGCUCACUGCAAGUACUGCGCUCUGCUUCUUGUUUUUCCACCAGCAUCAAGACAGAGGUUGGCCUGCAUGGAGGGGUGAAGGAGAGAAUUCCUCAUCAUCAGGAAGCGCACUUGGAAAAUAUCUUUGAAGGAUAAGGAUGGUUAUUACCAUAUUUUUUAUUCUACAGCUGAUCUGUGUAGGACUUGUUUGCUCAGACUCUUAGUGGCCACUGUUACACAUUUCAUCGCAGGGAGAGGAUACACCUUCUGUCAUUUA